GGGAGUGAGAGCUGCCGCUGUGGACCGUGUGGACCGGCGGAGAGACAUGUAUCAGUUAUACGCCACAGGAGCCAGAAAUCCACUCAGCACUGAAGCCGGUAAACCGUCAUGAUUCCCAUCACUGAGCUGCGGUAUUUCGCGGACACCCAGCCGGCGUACCGGAUCCUGAAACCAUGGUGGGACGUGUUUACCGACUACAUCUCCAUCGUCAUGCUGAUGAUCGCGGUGUUCGGCGGGACGCUUCAGGUCACCCAGGACAAGAUGAUCUGCUUGCCCUGCAAGUGGGUGGUCAACCAGACGUGCAAACACCACCUCAACGUCAGCGUCCCGCUUCACACCGAGCCCAAAGGCAUCCAAUACGACCUCGACCGGCACCAGUACAACUACGUGGACGCCGUGUGCUAUGAAAACAAGCUGCACUGGUUCGCUAAAUACUUCCCAUACCUGGUGCUCCUGCACACGCUCAUCUUUCUGGCAUGCAGCAAUUUCUGGUUCAAGUUUCCGCGCACCAGUUCCAAGCUGGAGCAUUUCGUGUCGAUUCUGCUGAAGUGUUUCGAUUCGCCCUGGACCACGCGGGCGCUUUCUGAGACCGUGGUGGAGGAGAGCGAUCCCAAGCCGACAGGGAAGAUGAACGGCUCCAUGGAUAAGAAAGCCUCCAGUGUUAGCGAUCAGGACGUGGAGGCGAGCGUCCCGAUGCUGCAGAGGACCAAAUCCAGGAUCGAGCAGGGCAUCGUGGAUCAUUCGGAGACCGGCGUGCUGGAUAAGAAGGAAGGAGAGCAGGCCAAAGCGCUGUUUGAGAAGGUAAAGAAGUUUCGCAUCCACGUGGAGGAGGGCGACAUCGUCCACCGUCUCUACAUCCGCCAAAUCAUCAUCAAAGUCAUCCAGUUCCUCAUCAUCAUCUGCUACACCAUGUACUACGUGCACUACAUCACCUUCAGCGUCACCUGCACAGUGGACAUCGAGAGACUCACCGGAUAUCGCACGUACCACUGCGCUCAUCCGCUAGCCACUCUUUUCAAGAUCCUAGCCUGCUUCUACAUCAGCCUGGUGGUGGUUUACGGCCUCAUAUGCAUGUACACGCUAUACUGGAUCAUCAGUCGCUCGCUUAAACGCUAUUCAUUCGAGUCUAUCCGUGAAGAGAGCAGUUAUAGCGACAUCCCAGACGUCAAAAACGACUUCGCCUUCAUGCUGCAUAUGAUCGAUCAGUACGACCCGCUGUACUCCAAGAGGUUUGCUGUCUUUCUGUCGGAGGUUAGCGAAAACAAGCUGCGGCAGCUGAAUCUGAAUAACGAGUGGACUCUGGAGAAACUCCGACAGAGGAUCACCAAAAACUCACAGGAGAAGCUGGAGCUGCAUCUGUUUAUGCUGAGCGGGAUUCCUGAUACGGUGUUCGACCUGGUGGAGCUGGAGGUGCUGAAACUGGAGCUGAUUCCAGACAUCACGAUCCCACCGAUCAUCGCACAGCUCUCCAAUCUGAGAGAGAUGUGGCUUUACCACACGCCGGCCAAAAUCGAGGCUCCGGCUCUGGCCUUCCUGCGGGAAAACCUCACAUCACUGCAUAUAAAGUUCACAGACAUCAAGGAGAUCCCGCUGUGGAUCUACAGCCUCAAAAACCUCAGUGAGCUCCAUCUGACGGGAAACCUGAGUGCAGAAAACAACCGUUUCAUCGUGAUCGACGGCCUGCGGGAGCUCAAAAGACUCAAAGUGCUGCGGCUGAAGAGCAACCUCACCAAACUGCCUCAGGUGGUGACAGACGUUGGUGUCCAUCUGCAGAAGCUCUCCAUCAAUAACGAAGGCACCAAACUGAUGGUGUUGAACAGUCUGAAGAAGAUGGUGAACCUGACAGAGCUGGAGCUGCUGUGCUGUGAUCUGGAGAGGAUCCCGCACUCCAUAUUCAGCCUGCACAAUCUACAGGAGAUUGAUCUGAAGGACAACAACCUGAAGACCAUCGAGGAGAUCAUCAGUUUCCAGCAUCUCCACAGGCUGGUGUGUCUGAAACUCUGGUACAACCAGAUCGCCUACAUCCCCAUCCAGAUCGGCACGCUCACCAAUCUGGAGCGCCUGUACCUGAACAGAAACAAGAUCGAGAAGAUCCCGGCGCAGCUCUUCUUCUGCAGGAAGCUGCGUUAUCUAGACCUCAGUCACAACAACCUGACCAGCAUCCCUCCAGACAUCGGCUUCCUCCAGAACCUGCAGUACUUCGCUGUGACCGCCAACAGAAUCGAAACAUUGCCACCCGAGUUGUUCCAGUGUAAGAAGCUGCGGACGCUGAAUCUGGGAAAUAACUGCCUUACCGCUCUGCCGUCGCGUUUCGGAGAGUUAAGCGGCCUGACGCAGCUGGAGCUCCGCGGGAAUCGUCUGGAGGGAUUGCCGGUGGAGCUCUCCGAGUGCCGCCUCCUGAAGCGCUCAGGUCUGAUCGUGGAGGAGGAUCUGUUCAACACUUUACCUCCAGAGCUCAAGGAGCAGCUCUGGAGAACUGAUAAAGAACAAGCCUGAGGGAACACAAACUCUUCAUGUGGUCUUUUGCUUUCAUUUCAGAUUUUUUACAUUUUUUUUUUAUGAUUUUUAAUUCUUUGGACGAUUAAUGCGUUUGUUUCUUGUCCGUUUGAAGGGAAGUUGUGGACCAUAAAGUGCCAUCUGUCCCUGGAAACACACAUAUAGUGAAACACACACUCAAUCUGAUGGCUAAACGUAACUAUUUUAUGUUUUGGUGAGUUAUUCCAAUUCAUAUGAAUUCAUACGAUCUCAUUUGUACCAAAAUUUUGUCUGAUUUAUGGUACAUUUAACAAUCAAACUAUUUUACCAUGACAGACCAUUUAAGUUUGCCAUAAAAAUAAUAGUAUAAAGUCUGCUACUGAAACGUAAGUCACAAAAUCACAUAAAAUGUUAUAUUUUUAUCAUGAAGGCCCACAUUUUAAUAAUAAUUUUAGUAAAAAGACCCACGUUUCAAAAUAAUUUACCAACUACUGUACAAUAUUUUUAGCAUGGACCAUCUAACUUGACCAUCUAACUAGUUUGAAGGCUGUUACUAAUCAUUAAGUCACAAAAUCAUAUGAAAACGUUAUAUUUUUAGCAUAAAGGCCCACGUUUUAAAACCAUUUAUAAUUGACAGACCAUUGUACAAUUAAUGCGUUUGUUUCUUGUCCGUUUGAAGGGAAGUUGCGGCCCGUAAAGUGCCAUCUGUCCCUGGAAACACACAUACACUGAUACACACACUCAAUCUGAUGGCUAAACGUAACUAUUUGAUGUUUUGGUGAAUUAUUUCAAUUCAUAUGAAUUUGUACGAUCAAAAUUUUGUCUGAUUUUAUGGUACAUUUAACCAUCGUACUAUUUUACCAUGACGGACCAUCUAACUUUAGCAUAAAAAUAAUAGUAUAAAGUCUGCUACUGAAACGUAAGUCACAAAAUCACAUUAAAUGUUAUAUUUUUAGCAUGAAGGCCCACAUUUGAAUAUAAUUUACAAACCACUGUACAAUUUUUAGCAUGAUGGACCAUCUAACUUUACUGUCAAAGAGAAUAGUCUGAAGGCUGAUACUAAUAAGUCACAAAAUCACAAGAAAACCUUAUACUUUUAGUAUGAAGGCCCACGUUUCAAAAUAAUUUACAAACUACUGUACAAUAUUUUUAGAAUGGACCAUCUAACUUUACCCUCAAAAAAUAGUUUGAAGGCUGUUACUAAUCAUUAAGUCACAAAAUCAUAUGAAAACGUUAUAUUUUUAGCAUAAAGGCCCACGUUUUAAAACCAUUUAUAAUUUACAGACCAUUGUACAAUUAAUGCGUUUGUUUAUUUGUCCAUUUGAAGGGAAGUUGCGGCCCGUAAAGUGCCAUCUGUCCCUGGAAACACACAUACACUGAUACACACACUCAAUCUGAUGGUUAAACAUAACUAUUUUAUGUUUUGGUGAAUUAUUCCAAUUCAUAUAAAUUUAUACGAUCAAUUUUUGUCUGAUUUUAUGGUACAUUUAACCAUCGUACUAUUUUACCAUGACGGACCAUCUAACUUUAGCAUAAAAAUAAUAGUAUAAAGUCUGCUACUGAAACGUAAGUCACAAAAUCACAUAAAAAUGUUAUAUUUUUAGCAUGAAGGCCCACAUUUUAAUAUAAUUUACAAACCACUGUACAAUUUUUAGCAUUAUAGACCAUCUAACGUUACUGUCAAAGAGAAUAGUCUGAAGGCUGAUACUAAUAAGUCACAAAAUCACAAGAAAACAUUAUACUUUUAGUAUGAAGGCCCACGUUUAAAAAUAAUUUACAAACUACUGUACAAUAUUUUUAGCAUGGACCAUCUAACUUUACCAUCUAACUAGUUUGAAGGCUGUUACUAAUCAUUAAGUCACAAAAUCAGAUGAAAACGUUAUACGUUUAGCAUGAAGGCCCACAUUUUAAAACCAUUUAUAAUUUACAGACCAUUGUACAAUUAAUGCGUUUGUUUCUUGUCCGUUUGAAGUGAAGUUGUGGACCAUAAAGUGCCGUCUGUCCCUGGAAACACACAUACACUGACACACACACUCAAUCUGAUGGCUAAACGUAACUAUUUGAUGUUUUGGUGAAUUAUUUCAAUUCAUAUGAAAUUAUACGAUCAAAAUUUUGUCUGAUUUUAUGGUACAUUUAACCAUUGUACUAUUUUACCAUGACGGACCAUCUAACUUUACCAUAAAAAUAGUUUGAAGGCUGUUACUAAUCAUUAAGUCACAAAAUCAUAUGAAAACGUUAUAGGUUUAGCAUGAAGGCCCACGUUUUAAAACUAUUCAUAAUUUACAGACCAUUGUACAAUUAAUGCGUUUGUUUCUUGUCCAUUUAAGGGAAGUUGCGGCCCGUAAAGAGCCAUCUGUCCCUGGAAACACACAUAUACUGAAACACACACUUAGUCUGGUGGUUAAACGUAACUAUUUAAUGUUUUGGUGAAUUAUUUCAAUUCAUAUGAAUUCAUACAAUCUCAUUUGUAGCAAAAUUUUGUGUGAUUUUUUUCAUCAUGAAGUCCCACGUUUACAUCGUACAUUAAUUCAUCGUACUAUUUUUAGCAUGACGCACCGUCUAACUUUACUGUCAAAAGAAUAGUAUGAAGUCUGCUACUAAACGUUAGUAGCACAAAUCACAUGAGCGUGUUGUGUUUUUAGCAUCAAGGCCCACGUUUCAAAAAACAAAACGUACAAACCACCAUGCAAUUUUUAGCAUAAAUAAGCAUCUAACUUUACCGUCAAAAGAAUAGUUUGAAGGCUGUUACUAAUCAUUAAGUCACAAAAUCACAUGAUAACGCUAUAUUGUUAGCAUGAAGGCCCACAUUUCAAAACAAUUCGUAAUUUACAAACAUUGUACAAUUGUUUAGCAUGAAGAACCAUCUAAGUUGACUGUCAAAAAAAUAGUAUGAAGGCUGCUACUAAACAUAAUACUAAAAAAAUCACAUGAAAACGUUAUAGGUUUAGCAUGAAGGCCCAAGUUUUAAAACCAUUUAUAAUUGACAGACCAUUGUACAAUUAAUGCGUUUGUUUCUUGUCCAUUUGAAGGGAAGUUGUGGACCGUAAAGUGCCAUCUGUCCCUGGAAACACACAUACACUGAUACACACACUCAGUAUGGUGGUUAAACGUAACUAUUUGAUGUUUUGGUGAGUUAUUUCAAUUCAUAUGAAUUCAUACGAUCUCAUUUGUACCAAAAUUUUGUCAGAUUUUUAUCAUAAAGGCCCACGUUUAAAAAUAAUUUCCAAACCACCGGACAAUUUUAGCAUGGACCAUCUAACUUUACUCUCAAAAAAAUAGCUUGAAGACUGCUACUAAACAUAAGUCGUAAGUCAUAGGUCAUACUCGAUAUAACUAUUACAAAAUCAUAUAAAACUAUGCAGUUAUUAUACUUUUUUAUUCAUUUAUUUUAAGCAUGAAGGCGGUCCCUAAACAUGUCAUAAAAUCGAAUGAAAACUUAAUAGUUUUUUUACAUAAAGUCCCGCACUUAAACAUAACCGACACAAAAUUGUACAAAGCGUAAUAUUUUUAACAUGACGACCCAGGUUAAAACAUUACCGUCACAAAAUGAUACAAAACAAGCUAUUUUUAGCAUGACAUUAUUUACUUAGCAAACAUAACAUUGACAAAAGUUCAGUUAUUAACAUGAAGGUCCAUCUCUAAACAUAAACUCACAAAAUCAAACAAAAAUGGAGAUUUUGACGACGCGUAUCUAAACUUAACCAUCAGAAAAUCAUCCAAAAAUGUGCAAUUGUUUUAUUUAUUUAUUUAUUUUAAGCAUGAAGGCUGUGCCUAAACAUAACAUCAUAAAAUCGAAUCGAAAUUUUUAAUGUAAAGUCCCACACUUAAAAAUAUUACGCUUUUGUACAAUUUAGUGUCAUUAUGUUUAACAUGACGACCCGCGUUAAAACAUUACCGUGAUACAAAUGAUACAAAAACAAGCUAUUUUUUAUAUUGAAUUUUUUUAAAAAGCAAUACGAAACGAAUCACAACUUUUUUGCAUAACAUUCGUUCACUUAGCAGACAUAACAUUCACAAAAGUUCAGUUAUUAGCAUGAAAGUCCAUCUCUAAACAUGACGUCAAAAAAUUCUAACAAAUAUUUUAAUUUUGACGCCGUGCAUCUAAACAUAAUAGUAACAAUCAUAUAAAAACAUGCGAUUUCAUUUUUAAUUAAUAAAGGCACAUCACUAAACAUAACGAACACAAAAUAAUCCAAAAAUGUGCAAUUGGUUUGUUUAUUUAUUUAUUUUAAGCAUGAAGGCUGUGCCUAAACAUGACGAACUGAUACAAUUUUUAACGUAAAGUCCAACACUUAAACAUAAUCAACACUAAAUUGUAUAAAAGUGCAAUAUUUUUAACACAACGACCCGCGUUAAAAUAUUACCGUCAUAAAAUUACACUAAAACAAGACUUUUUUUAUAUUUACAUAUUAGCAAUAUGAAACAAAACAAAAAAAAAUUUUAAUUAUAAUAUUCGUUCACUUAGCAGACGUAACAUUCACAAAAUUCAAUUAACAUAAGGUCCAUCUCUAAACAUGUCGUCAUGAAAUCAACAGCGUAAUAUUUUUAUUAUGAAGCCACGCCCCUAAACAAACCAUCAAAUAAAUAAAAAAAAUAAUAUCGUAGAAAUUCCUACGAAUUUGCAGAAAACGUAAACUAGCUAUGAGUUGCCAUGCGAUUGUGUUGAUGAACUCACUUUAAACACAUUCUCCUACACACACACAUUUUGCUAGGUCAAGUCAUUGAUGUUGUGCUGCCCCCUACAGGCACGGAGGGCAUGCAAAUGACGGCGGCGGUGGUGUUGUUGUGAGUGCCUGUGUUAAAGCAAUGGCAUUAUGGGAAUGCGUAGAUAUAACAAGCAAUAUGUGAUCUGUGCAUUAUUUUACUUCCAGCCAGGGAAGGGUUGACUGUUUAUGAAUGUGCCAGAUGAGUUAUCGACUAUGUAAAUGUACAUGCCAAAAAAAGGUCAUAUACGAAAUCUACUACUUAUAUAAACAUAUGCUUUUAAAGACUACGGAUGCCACAAAUGUCUUGCUGAAAUCUUACACUCCACAGACUCUACUUAAAGAUUAAGAAGCUACAAACUUGCGUACUUUUAUUUCCAGCAAGAGUUGGACAUGUUUGGAUCAGGUGACCUGCACCGUCAAGACUGAUUGGUCGACUUCUCAAAGGGAAUGAUGACAUCGUAAUGACUUUUAUCGCACAGUUUCCCGUCUAAAGGCCUUAACUCUCUCUGAGCUGUUUGCUGGAGCUCAUCUCAAAGACUAAGUGUGCAUUUUACGUUUAUAAGUUUUAUAAUUUUACAAAAAACUAAAAAAAGAGCGAGAAAGAACAAAAAGAAAACACAGACUCAUGCAAACCUUUGCUGCGUUUGCAGGUAAAACAAUCCUAUGCGUUAAUAUAUCUUCUUUUUUAUAUAUAAGUGUAUGUUUAUAUGAUUUUAUUUUAUGAUUUUUAUUUUGAUCUUUUGUUUUUGUCUGGAGGAUUGCCUAAUGUACGCAGUAUGGCUUUAAACCAAACCAAGUAAAGAUUUGUGAUGAACACUCA